CUCUCUAAUGCUCAAUUAAUCUGGCCUGCUCUCCCUUGAGGCUAUAAAUUUCGCACUGGACCAUCAUCAUCAUCGUCUCUCUCUCCUUCCAAAUUCAAAUCCAGAUUCACGAUUAAAAUCGAGCUUCAGGCUACUCUCACAAGUCUCAAGAACCUCUCUCUCCGUCAUCAGGCGUCGGGUUCCGGUGUUGUGGCUCCUCACUGGCGAUGGACUCAUCAUUUUAGACCCUAAUCUCUGUCUGUAUACAAUUUCCAUACACAACGCCGUUAUAUAUCUAAACUCUAGAUCUCUCAUCCUUUUCAAACCCCAAGAAAUGCUCCUCUUUAUGCGGUGCCAUAAAUACCCAAUUCAUCAUCUAUCUGAAAACUCUGUAUCCAUUUCUCUCUCUAUUCAUGGUGCUCUAGUUUCUUCACACCUCAAUUUUUCUGAUCAUGUAUUAGAGGGAUAAUAAGUAUUUCACCCAUUGUUCUUUUCUCUCUCUCUAUUUACGUUUUUGUAUAAUCUUGUAUCUCUCUCUCUCUCUCUCUCUCUCUCUCUCUCUCUCUCUCUCUUGUUUGCUUGGUGUCUUCAUUUGUAUUGAUUCCUUCUGAAGUAACAUUUGCAAAGUACCAAUUCUCUAUCGAGGGAAUAUUGGGGUCCUUGAAUUAGGUUUUUGGUAUCUGCUGGUCGGGAUUCUAUUGGCCAAGGUUCGAUGGAUUCAAUCCAAUGAAUCACUUAUGAUACCUUCUUUUGCUUUAAAAAAUCAAUGGUAGCCUUCUUAUCAGAAGCACUAAAUUGCAGAAACUGGUUUUGGGGUGUUCCAAUAUUCACAAAUGAGAUUUGGGAAAUCCUUGAUACCAUGUUUUUAAUGGUGGGUAGGGCUCACAAUGAAGGUUAAGGCAUCCUGGUCCUCAUCGUACCUUCCAAACAAUCUAACAAUGGCAGCUCCAAGAAUUGUGAUCACUGAUGUUGGGAGGCAAAGGGAUGAAGAGAGUGCCAAAGAAACACCCACAAAUAAGAAGCCCUUUAGUGGGAAACCAGAGGGGAGGUUUCCAUUGUCUCAAUGGGAAUUAGCAGCUGCUUUGAGUGUGGUUUUGCUCUUUACCAUGGGUUUAUUUUGCAUCUACUUAACCAUGCCUCAUGCUGAAUAUGAUAAGAUUCUUAGGUUGCCCCGCAAUCUUUCGGAUCUCCGAGUCCUCAAAGAUCACCUUGCAACAUAUGCUAAGGAUUAUCAAGCACAAUUUAUGCUUGGUUACUGUUCUACAUACAUAUUCAUGCAAACAUUUAUGAUUCCUGGCACCAUAUUUAUGUCGUUGCUGGCUGGAGCCCUUUUCGGUGUCAUACGAGGUGUUGCUUUAGUUGUUUUCACUGCAACUACUGGGGCCUCAUCCUGUUAUUUUCUGUCCAAGUUAAUAGGCAGGCCUCUCGUUUUCUGGUUAUGGCCUGAGAAAUUGAGAUUUUUCCAGGCUGAGAUUGCAAAGCGCAGAGAAAAGCUGCUUAAUUAUAUGCUCUUUUUGAGGAUAACACCCACUUUGCCUAACACAUUUAUCAAUGUGGCAUCUCCAAUUGUUGAUAUACCUUUUCAUAUUUUCUUUACUGCAACACUGUUUGGACUUAUUCCUGCUUCCUACAUCACUGUCAGGGCUGGCCUUGCACUUGGGGAUCUGAGAUCCGUCAAGGAUCUCUACGAUUUUAAGACUCUUGCUGUCCUGUUUCUUAUCGGCUCUGUAUCCAUAUUCCCGACCAUUCUGAAAAAGAAGCGGACAUAUGAAUGAAGCCAUACCUUUCUUCCCUUCUGACCAUGAGAAAGUGUUUUAUUGGAUGGAAUUAGUUACAUGUGGGAGUGAGUUCCUCUCAAUCUAUGAAGGUACUGAACCAAGUGCCUUAAUCAACGCAGCUUUAGGAUUGACUCAAGAUAAUUUUCACUGGUAUACAUAAUGGUUUUCUUUUUCUUCCGCUGUUAUCCUUUUAUGUUUCUUCCUCUUUGGUAGUUCUUACGGAAGGAUGAACUAAUUGUUGCAAUUUUUUGUAUGGUUUCUUUCUGUGCCCUAUUGGGCUUUAUUUAGCUGUAAUCUUGAGGAUAGGUAACAAAUUGAUGUUUCUUAUUUGGGACAAGUGUACAAUAGCCCCUACCAUAGUCAUAUUGUCUCUUGGGAAUUCUUCAUCAUCA